AUGAACAACUCAAUUUUCAAUAACGAAGAGGACUGCAAUGCAAGACCCGUCGCACCCGGCACGUGCCUCAUGUUCCCCGGACAUACAAAGACCGAAUGGACUAUUGCCGUCAGUUCUUGGAUCGUUGGUGGUAUGGUUGGCAGUCUCUUGACCGGACGUGUCUCAAACAAGUUUGGACGGAAACCUACUAUGAUGGCAAAUUGCGUCUUCAUGCUUACAGGCGGAAUCAUUCAAGCAAUUUCCCAAACUAUUGCUGUUUUCACCAUCGGGCGUAUCUUCGCUGGCAUUGCAGCCGGUGGUUCGACCGCCGUUAUUCCCGGAUUCAUUGGUGAAAUCUGUCCGCCACAUCUCCGGGGCAAGUGGGGUGUGUCUUUCCAGAUUUCCAUCACACUCGGUCACCUGCUUGUUGCGAUCGCCUUCUUCUUCGCCAGCACUAGUGUUGGCUGGAGGUAUAUUGCAGGGUUCCCUGUUGUACUGGCUUUACUUUUCUUGUCACUGGCACCUUUUAUUCUCGUGGAAAGUCCCGCGUGGCUGAUAACGGUAGGCCAACAGACACUUGCCGAGUAUGAGUUGGCUCGUCUCUUUGGCUCAGAGAACGUAUUUUUGGCCAAGACCUGGAUGGACCAGGACGAAGCGGCCCCCAGAGUAGGCAUUGGCAGUGAGUUUAUUAUGCCAAUGCAAGAAUUGGCUAUGUCGAUGUCUCCAGAUGCACCCAAGCAGCGCAGCAUUACCGAGCUGUUUUCACCUGCACUCAUCCGGCAGCUAUUGGUAGCCAUUGGUGUGGCUGGAGCGCAGCAAUUGACAGGUGUUAAUGCUGUUUUCUUCUACUCGUCUGGAAUUUUUAAGCAGGCAGGACUCUCAGACAGCCGCAUUGGUGUCUUGCUAGUCAAUUCUGUCAAUAUCCUACCAACUCUCUUUUGCGGGAUGUUAGCGGCGCGUUUGGGCAAUCGCAAGCUUAUUCUGGUCGGCUUUACGGGAAUGUUUUUUAGUGCAGUUGGCAUGACGGCUGCCCUGGUUGGCGGUGUGCCUGCACUUGCCAUCGUUUUUACAGCUCUUUACGUGAUGACAUUCGGUUCAAGUCUUGGGCCGUUGGCAUGGGGAGUUAUGGCCGACCUUUUUCCAAACGAUGUUCGAGCCAUGGGCUGUUCCAUUUGUGUGGGUUGUAGUUGGCUAUGUAGCCUUACUGUGGGUCUAUGCUAUCCUUACAUUGCUGCGGCCUUCAACAACUACAGUUUUGUGCCUUUCAUGUGUACCAUUACGAUAGCAUUUCUCUUUGUACAUAGCUUUGUGCCGGAGACGUAUGGUAAGACCAUACAAGCGAUUCAAGAUGAAUUUCAUGCACUGCGACUCAAGAAGAGUCAAAAUCGUGAUCAUUGUGGUAGCGAGAUUGCAGUGCUUGGGUAA